AUGGCAGUGAAGGGUUUGGGUCAAAUUGACCAACAGUAUGAUGGGUCUAAGUUGAGGAUUGGAAUCAUACAUGCUAGGUGGAAUCGCGUUAUCAUUGACGCCUUGGUGAAAGGAGCCAUCGCUAGAAUGUCAGAACUUGGCGUGAAAGAGGAGAACAUUAUCGUUGAGACGGUGCCAGGAUCUUUCGAGCUACCAUUUGGCAGCAAAAAGUUUGUUGAGCAACAGUCUUCGAAAGGCACGCCCCUUGAUGUUGUUAUCCCCAUUGGUGUUUUGAUUAAAGGGAGCACUAUGCAUUUUGAGUACAUUUCCGAGUCAACGACUAACGCAUUGAUGGCUCUUCAAGACAAAGUUGAUAUUCCUGUGAUAUUUGGGUUACUGACUUGUCUAACCGAGGAACAAGCUAUGGCUAGAGCUGGUAUUGAUGAGGCAAAGACAAUGCACAACCACGGUGAAGACUGGGGCGCCGCGGCUGUCGAAAUGGCCGUCAAGUUCGGAAUCUAA